AUGGCCUUCUGGAAGCCAGGAACAGUCAGGCCAGGCAGCUCCGUCGACCGCUCCACCGAGAGCGAAGGCUCCUUUGACCCCUCACUCUCGUCCUCGAUCGCGACGGAAAAUGCCGGACUGGGCGUGCAGGAUGCCAGGCAGAACCUGCCCAUCUUCAAGCAGAGGGACACCCUCCUCUACAUGGUCGAAAGGUACCCCGUCACCGUCGUCGUCGGUCAGACGGGCUGUGGAAAGACGACCCAGCUGCCGCAGUUCCUCUUUGAAGCCGGAUGGGCCUCAUCUGGCCACCAGAUCGCCUGCACCCAGCCUCGCCGAGUCGCAGCCACCUCGGUCGCGGCCAGAGUCGCACAGGAGGUCGGCACCGUCCUCGGAGAAGAGGUCGGCUACACGAUCCGCUUCGAGGACUGCUCCCAUCCAUCCCGCACCCGCAUAAAGUACCUCACCGACGGCAUGCUCUUCCGCGAGUGCAUGCGGGACCCGCUGCUCAGCAAGUACUCGGUCAUCAUGAUCGACGAGGCCCACGAGAGGGGCGCCUACACCGACAUGCUCCUCGCCAUCCUCAAAAAGAUCCACCGCAAGAGGCCCGAGCUGCGCAUCAUCAUCUCGAGCGCCACCAUCGACGCCCAGGCCUUCGUCGACUUCUUCUCGCCAGACGAGCUUCCUUCGACGGUCGAGAAGCAGAAGCAGCGCCAGCAGGAGACGGCAGCCAUCGUAUCUCUCGAGGGUCGGAUGCAUCCCGUCGAGCUUGCCUACGCCACCGAGGCAUGCUCAGACUAUGUGCGCGCCGCCGCCGACACGGUGAUGAAGAUCCACCUCCAGGAACCGCAAGGCGACAUCCUCGUCUUCCUCACGGGCAGGGAGGAGAUCGACACGUGUCUCCAGGACCUGGCGGAUCGGAUGCUCAACCUUCCGCAAGGAUCGCUUGGGCUCGACCUGCUACCCCUCCACGCCGGGCUGACGGUUGAGGAGCAGACGGCCAUCUUUGCACCGGCAUCACGCGGCAGCCGCAAGGUCGUGGUCGCCACCAACAUUGCCGAGGCGAGCGUGACGAUCGACGGGAUACGCUACGUGGUCGACUGCGGCUUCGUCAAGCUGCGCACGUUCAACCACCGCACGGGGAUGGACAUGCUCUCUGUGGUGCCCGAAUCGCUCGCCUCGGCGACGCAGCGGGCGGGCAGAGCGGGGCGCACGUCAGCCGGCAAGUGCUACCGCCUGUUUCCCGAAGAGGCGCUGUCGACGCUUCCGGCUGCGACCCCACCCGAAAUGUGCAGGUCCGACAUCUCGAUGCAGGUGCUGCAGCUCAAGGCGCUUGGCAUCGACAAUCUGGCCAGGUUCGAGUUCCUGCCUCCCGCCCCGCCCGUCGAGAUGAUGGCCAAGGCGCUGGAAUUCCUCGCCAGCCUCGAGGUGCUGGACGACCACGGCAGGCUGACGAAGCCGCUGGGCGAGCAGAUGGCCGAGAUGCCGGUCGAUCCGAUGCUGGCCAAGACUCUCCUCGACUCGGCAUCGCACCGCUGCAGCGCCGAGAUGCUGAGUAUAGCAGCAAUGACCUCGGUCUCGAACCCCUUCAUCAUCCCAGACGAAGGGCGGUCGAAGGCCGGGAUAGAGGGCGAGGUGGAACGACGCAAGUUCACCGCCGAAGAGGGCGACCACCUGACGCUGCUCAACGUCUUCAACGCGUUCGUCGAUCCGCGCAUCGGCAAGUCGUCGGCGCGGUGGUGCGCCGCGCACCGGCUCAACUUCAAGGCCCUCUCGCGCGCCGUCAAUGUGCGCUCGCAGCUUGAAAAGUACCUGCGUCGCUUCGACCUCCCCGUCGUCAGCUGUUUGGCCGACGAGGAUGCCGGGGGGAGGAUACGGAGGUGCCUCGUCCGCGGCUACUUUAAGAAUGCGGCUAGGAUGAUGCCCGAUGGGUCAUAUCGCAGCGUCAGGGAAGGUUCGGUCCUACACGUCCACCCUUCCUCUGUCCUCUUCAACCGUUCGCCAUCGACCAAGUUCGUCAUCUACCACGAAGUCGUAGAGACGAGCAAACGCUUCAUGCGCGAUCUCACCGCCAUCGAACAGGACUGGUUGGCCGAAUUGGCACCGCACUAUUACGAGUACGCCCGUCCCUCUCGUCCUCAGUGA